AGCCCUGACAAGAUUCCACAGUCUCCACGGUGCAGUAUCCAUGAACUUAUGAAAAUCCCUCCGAGUACUAUAUGGGUAAUAUGCAUGGGGGAAAUUAAGAGAAUAUUUUUUUAUUUAAUGAGAUUCGAAGGGUAUUCAGACGUAUCUGGAGGCAGUCUGCACUGAAGGGCGAACAAAAUUAUAACACUUCUGAGUGUGGUGCUGGGGAGGAAGAUGUGAGCAAGAAUCCCCUGGACCCUCCAGUUGAUGAGGUGGGAAACUGCUGCUUUCGAACACUGGGGGAUUACGUCCAACAAAUGACCUUGGCCUUGUGUCAGCAUCUCCAUCUCUAUUUUCAGUCAUUUUAUCUGAACCUACUGUUUUGCAAAGCAGAUCGUCUGAGGAAAUAUUCCACAAACAGGAACGUUGGAGCACUGGAGACAGCGAAAAGAAGGGUUGGGGCAGAUUUUACCCUCUCAAAUGCAAUGUGUCACCCUUUAGGCUUCUUACGAUGAACUGCUCACAAUAUAUUUCUGCAUGAUUAUUAAGUGCAUUUCCUCAUUUAUCGUCCGAUCUGUGUCGAAGCCUAAUUUGAGCUAAUCUCCGUCAGCCAGCCUCUGGACGGCCACUCGAAUCAGAAACCCAGUCUACUUGCCAAACCGGGCUUAGCCGAGUAAUAACUGCAUCACUCUCUUUCUCUGUUUGAUGCUAUGGCUGCAGAUGGCUGCCAUGGCUAAGCCAGAGAUAAUGCGUGUGGGUGACACGCACAAACGGAGGAGAGCAUGGGCAGCCUGAACUAAGAGGAAAUGUUGCUUCUUUUUUUUUUUAUUUAAGUCACAUGAUCUCAUCCAGCAAAGUGUUGGUUGAUCCCUGUGCCGCUAUUGGUGCGAGAGAAAACAGUGUAAGAGGGUAUGAGGAGGACAUGCAAAUGGCCGCGAGCCAUUAAGGCCCAGAGCAGCUGGAAUGAAGUUCAGGGUCAAAAAGGUCAAGGUGCUCAUAUUUGACUAAUUGCAGUUUGUGGAAUUAAACGUUUCGUUCCAGUUUCGUUCCAACCUCACUUUACAUGUCAAGCAAAAACUCUUAAGCCCGUAAGGCUUGAAACUACUCCAGUGGCGAACACUAUAGAGGCUUGUGGCAUUAUCACUUGCAAUUUUGAAAUAACAACACAGCAGCUUAAUGAAAAAGCUGCUCCCUGCUGUUAAAUCACAGAAAGGGACGUUGCCGAGCUUUAAAAUAAAAAAAACAAAACAACAACAACCAAACUUUGGGCUUGUUUCAACCCGGAGAGUGGUCCAGCUGCUGGACGGAAACAUUAACGUGUCUGUCCGUGACAAACGAUUUCGCCGGAGCGGCUCCGCUCGCCCGAGUCCACCGUGCGUCGGCAGCGGCGCCGCGGUGCGCGCGCACGCCCCGGAGUGCCGCUGCGCGCCCCCGCCUACGUGUGUGUAUUUGUGUGUGUGUGUGUGUGUGUGUGUCGGUGAGCUGGUGGGAGAGCAGAGAGCAGAGAGGACCAGUGACUGGAGCAGGGGAGACCGGUGGAAGAGGCUCGGCGCUCAACGGGACUCCGCGUGAACAAACACGCAGCAGACGCCGUCGCGCUGUCGCAGGGGACCGAAGACGCGCACACGCACCAGGCUCCGUGGGUUCGCGCCGCCGGACGAGCAGGAGAUAAGAUUGAAGACAAAACCACGGAAGAAAAAGAGCAAGACAACUAGCCGGGGAAGGAGCACGUGAGACUGGAUUUGGGUUUCUCUGUGUGUGUGUGUGUGUGUGUGUGUGUGUGUUUGUGUGUGAGUGUGUGCACUCGUCCUCACCCGGUGUGACCGAGCAGAGAGGCGGGACAUCGUCGCAUUUGGGGGCAUAGCUUCGUGUCAUAAAUCGAUGAUGGAGCGGAGGAGGAUGGACACGGCGCUGCUGGUGCUGUUGAUGGGACACCUCGCCACCGCGCUGGAGGUCCCACUAGACCUUCUGGAAGGAUUGCCACAGCCGCCGACCAUAACUCACCAAUCCCCCAAGGAUUACAUCAUCGACCCACGGGAGAACAUUAUAAUCCACUGUGAGGCGAAGGGGAAGCCUCAUCCCAGUUUCUCUUGGACGAGAAAUGGGACCCACUUUGACAUCGACCAGGACGCCAAUGUGAUCAUGAGGCCCCACUCUGGGACCCUGGUGGUGGACAUCAGCAGAGAGAAGGCGGAUCAUUACGAGGCGGUGUACCAGUGCACAGCAAGAAACAAACAUGGAACUGCUGUUUCCCACAACAUAGUCGUACGACAGUCCAGAUCUCCCCUGUGGUCAAAGGAGAAAGUCAAGCCAAUCGUCGUUCAGGAGGGCGUUUCCUUGGUGCUGCCGUGUCGACCCCCCGCUGGCCUGCCCCCUCCCAUAAUAUUCUGGAUGGACAAUAACUUCCAGAGGCUGCCUCAGAGCAGCAGGGUGUCCCAGUCCCUGAACGGAGACCUUUACUUCUCCAAUGUACUCCGAGAGGAUUCCAGGAAUGACUACAUCUGCUACGCCCGCUUCCCACACACACAAACCAUCCAGCAGAAACAGCCCAUCACCGUCAAGGUCCUCAACCUGGAUGCAAUCAAUGACACAAUGGCAGCUUUUUACAAUGACACUGAUUUAUUUAGUGAAGACCCAGUGGAUGAGAGGAGGCCAACCUUCCUCAUCCCAUCUGGCUCCUCCAGCUCCAAGGUGGUGUUGAGAGGACAGGUGCUGGAGAUGGAGUGUAUUGCAGAGGGGCUGCCCACUCCCGAAAUCUCCUGGACCAAAAUGAGCGGUGAUCUCCCCGCCCAGCGCACAUCCUUCCUGCUCUACCAGAAGAUGCUGCGCAUUGAGAAGGUGUCCGAGUCGGACGCAGGAGAUUACCGCUGCACCGCCAGGAAUCGUAUCGGCUCGGUGCACCACACCAUCCGUGUCACGGUCAAAGCUGCUCCGUAUUGGAUCAGUGGCGCUCCCAGGAACCUUGUCCUAGCGCCAGGUGAGAACGGCGUGCUGACCUGCAGGGCCAGUGGCACGCCCAAGCCCUCCAUCACCUGGGCCAUGAAUGGCAUCCCCAUAGAGAAUUCCCCUAAGGAUCUUAGCAGAAAGGUGGAGGACGACACCAUCAUCUUCACCGAUAUACAGACUGGAUCCAGCGCCGUCUACCAGUGUAACGUCUCCAAUGACUAUGGUUACCUCCUGUCCAAUGCCUUUGUCAACGUCCUCUCGGAGCCGCCCAGAGUGCUGACGCCAGCCAACAAAGUCUACCAGGUCAUCAAAAAUCAUCGGGCCCUGAUAGACUGCACUUUCUUUGGGUCACCCAUCCCUAAAAUUACAUGGUUCAAAGACGCCAGCGCCCUGGAUGGAGACCCUUACAUCCUACAUGACAACGGCACUUUAGAGUUUCACACAGCUCAGACCCCAAACGGUGGCAAAUACACGUGCGUGGCCAGAAACUUCCUCAGUAUAUAUGAGAAUCACGUCUACUUGGAGGUCAAAGAGCCCACCCGAAUCGUGAAGCAGCCGGAGUACGAAGUGGUGCAGAGGGGCAGGUCUGUGGUGUUCGAGUGUAAGGUGAAACACGACCCCUCACUCACCCUGACCGCGACCUGGCUCAAAGACGACGGAGAGCUGCCUGAUGAUGAGAGAUUAGUUGUAGACUCCGACAGCCUCACCAUUACUGAUGUGACAGAGAACGACGCGGGCAUGUACACCUGCAUCAUGAACACCUCUCUGGACCAGGACUCGGCCAGUGCUGAGCUCACUGUUGUUGAGGCCACACCGACUCCAGCUGUUGUCUACGAGCGACCUGACCCCCCAACUGACCUAGAGCUGACGGACCAGAAAAAGAGGAGUGUUCAGCUCACUUGGACCCCUGGGGAUGAACACAACAGUCCUAUUCAGAAAUUUCUGAUCCAGUAUGAAGACGCACUGCACCACCGAGGUCACUGGCAUAAUCUCACCGAGGUCCCUGGAACCAGGACGACGGCCCACCUCAAACUGUCCCCCUACGUCCACUACACCUUCAGAGUUUUGGCCCUCAACACUGUGGGCUUCAGCCGCCCCAGCUUCCCCUCCAGGAUGUACAAGACAGAAGCUGCAGCUCCAGAUGAGAAUCCAACAGAUGUACAUGGAUUUGGAACUGAACAUGACAAUCUUGUAAUUUCGUGGAAGCCGCUGACAGCCUUCCAGUCUAAUGGCCCAGGGCUUUGCUAUAGAGUAAUGUGGAGGCAGAAGUCAGUGGAGAGUGAUUGGACCACAGUGACUGUGGCCAACAACUCCAGGUUUGUUGUGUCUGGAACGCCCACAUUUGCCCCAUAUGAGCUUAAAGUUCAGGCUGUGAACGACCACGGAGUUGGACCCAAGCCUGCCGUCGCCCACGGCUACUCAGGAGAGGAUUUGCCAGUAGCCGCUCCAGAAAAUGUUCAGGCCGUGGUGCUGAACAGCACUCUGGCAGAAGUGCACUGGGAUCCUGUGGCUCAUAAAUUAAUACGGGGAUAUCUCAAAGGAUACAAGGUGUACUACUGGAAAGAGCGCAGUCUCCACAAACACAACCCCCAUCACAUGGAGAAGCUGAUACUGACCUUCAGUGGGAACCACAGCCACGGCCGGCUGCCUGGUCUGCACCCCUUCAGUCUCUACUCCUUCAAUGUCAGAGUUUAUAAUGGUAAAGGAGAGGGUCCCGUGAGCCGCACCCAGCAGUUUGAGACACCCGAGGGAGUACCUGGGGCUCCUCCUUCCCUGAUUGUCACCAACUCAAACCUGGACACUUUAACCCUCAAGUGGAGUCCUCCUCAUGAUCGCAAUGGACACAUCACUGGCUACACCCUCAAAUAUCAGCCAGUCAAUAACUCCAAUGAGCUGGGCCCAGUGGAGGAGCUGGCCCUGCUCGCCAAUGAGACCUCAGUCACUUUGCCCAACCUCAAGUACAGCACACGCUACAAGUUUUAUUUGAAUGCCAAAACAGUCAGGGGAGCUGGCCCAGCCAUCUCUCAAGAAGCUGUCACCAUCGUGGAUGAAGCUCUAAUGUCACAGUUUGACGUAGAUGUGGGCGAAGGAAGCACCCAAACCUCUCAUCCCAUUGCACGGUCUCCUCCACGCCGUCCGCCCCACAAGGCGCGGCCUGUGAGUCCUUUUGGGAACGUUAGCUCCUUGCUUCGAGACGAUGGGGCCCACAUCAGUUGGGAGUACUGGGGCCCGGAGAGAAACGUUUUUGUAGAAUACACAGUAGAAAACAGUGAAGGUGAAGAGGAGUGGCAGAAAGAGCUUGUGAACGGCUCUCAGAAGGUUGUGCUGAAGGGCUUAAAGGGGGGCCUGUCCUAUAGGGUGCGUUUGGUGGCCAGAGGUCACCACGACCAGCCGCUCCACCACUCCGAGGAGCUGUUGGUCACGGUACCAGCUGUGGCGAGCAGACAGGUGGACAUCGCCACUCAGGGCUGGUUCAUUGGCCUCAUGUGUGCCAUCGCUCUGCUCAUCCUGAUCCUCCUCAUUAUCUGCUUCAUCCAGAGGAAUAAAGGAGGCAAAUACCCCGUCAAAGAGAAGGAGGACGCACACACGGACCCGGAGUUCCAGCCAAUGAAAGAAGAGGACUGCACUUUUGGGGAAUACAGUGACAAUGAGGACCAUAAACCGUUAAAAGGGAGCCGCACGCCGUCUAAUGGGACAGUUAAGAGGGACGACAGUGACGACAGUUUAGUUGACUACGGGGAAGGAGGAGACGGCCAGUUCAACGAGGACGGCUCGUUUAUCGGCCAGUAUAGCGGAAAGAGCGGCAGCAGGGACACUGCUGAGGGCCACGAGAGCUCCGGGGCCCCGUCUCCCAUUAACGCCAUGAACUCCUUGAACUCGUUUGUGUAGCUGCUCAGUCGUCGCACGCCGCCCAGUGUGAGGGGCUGCUCUGACUGCUCAAUCCCCACAUCUCUCUCUCAGAGGGCUGCCCCAGCACCGCACGGCUUUAUGAUCCACACGUCCAUCCCCAGUGCCACACACGCCGCACCACACAGACGAGUCAUGACAGACUUUAGUGUUGGAAAUCUGCACAGGGAGGCUUGGACACCCGUAGCUCAUUAUGUAGCUCAACCAGUCAUAGGAUUUUAACAGUGCAUGAAAUACAGUACCUGAUAUUACCUGAAUCCAUAUAUAAAUUAACACUUUGAUAUUAACAAGUGUUGCUUCUUUCCUUUUUUUGGGUGUACCAGGAAUCUAUUACAGACUAUGCAGUGCUCUUCAGAACUUCUAUGUAAUUAGUUCAUAUAAUUCCAUCACGAAUUUUACUGUGCACACGGUAGAUCAUGUAAAGUGUGUAUAUAUACUGUAUGUAUAUGUAUAUAUAUAUAUGAAGUGAACUGAAUAUUGGGAGCUGUGCACACAGCAUGCUUGAGAUUGCUGCAUUGACACGUUUUCACCCGUCACGUCACCGCCCUGUCGAAAGAUCCACCUGCACCUGUGAAGCAGGAAACUGAAAUGCUGCAUGGCAUGUCAAACGACCUUUGCCCCGCAUGUGACCUCCUCUUAUUGAGCUUGACCUAGAGGCCGGUGGGGAAAAGUGCUGAGGGUAUGACAGCUUGCCUCAGUCAGGGCUCCUUCCGCAGGUAGUGCCUUUUUCUUCCAAACAAUAAUUUGCUUCUGAAGACUCUUUCCAGAGUUCAGUGAUUGGAACAGAGACAGUAGUGGGACUCCCGGGGUCACAUCCAAGACAGGAUUAGAUAAGCUAAAGAAGAGGACCGUAAAGGAGGGAGAGGAAUAAUUCAUACACUUUUCAUCUUCUUUUUUUUUUUUUUUUAAAGACUCCUCCAAAAGCCUCGAGACACUGGACUGAUUUGAUUCCUCCAGGAAGCUAAACGGAGCAGCAUUGGAUCACAUUAAAACAUUAAAAAACAUUUUGAUUUCGCAUUAACUCUGCAGCCAUGAUGUACAGUACCGGAUUGUAUUCCUGCAGUGUAUGAAUGUAUGGGUGUGUCUGUGAGUGUGUGUGAGGUGUGUAUGUCCAGAUACAGUACAUUAUUCAAUUCCCAUUACGAAAAAACAUUGUUCACUUGUACGAACUAGAUUUCUCAAGAUUUCUUUUCUCUUAACUUGUAUCAAGUUUUAUUAUAAUUUUUUUUUUGUAGAAUAUUUGUUGAAUUUGUAAAUACCUUAAGUGGUUGUACAGGGACAAGCAGCGUAUAAGGCAAUGUUGUGCAUGACAUGGUUUAAUGUGUUGAUAGGACUGUAUUAAAAUAUAGACUACUUCUAGAGAAUAUCUAUAUUCAUUUUGUUUUCUUGCUGUGUACAUUGUAAUGGUAACUAACUGGACAGAGAAGCACAUAUACAUUUGGACUGUUGUCUGAUUUGCUUGUCAGCGAGUUAUGUAACUUUGAUAUUGCGCAACAACCUUUAGGCUGUAGCGACAAUAUUAAUCGAUAAGUAGAAUGAUAUUUUUCUGAUUUGUAUUGGUUCUACGCAGUCUUAAUAUUCUGCCAAAAUGAUGCCCUUUUCUGGCAGUAUUGCAAUUUUUUUCUUUUUGUAUUUAAGAAACAGAUUUGUACUAACAGAAAUCACUUUCUUUUCUCUAUUUAAGUUUAUCCUUUUAGUGCAAGUAUGAAAUUGAAGCUACUGGAAAUAUAAUGAAUGAAUAAAUAAUUAUCUGCUUUGA